UUUGCCAGAGUCUGUUUAUGAUGAAACAAAAGGCGUGAAAAGCAUCUAUUUUGACUCUCUCUUUUAUGUCUGUUUGGUUUUAAUUAACGCUCAUUUCCAGACGGCUCGGUCCACCCAGAGCUGCUAUAUCUGUUCUCUCUCUCCACCCACCAGAGACUAAAAACAGAAGCCGGUGUUAUUUCUGCAGGGUUCCAGUAAAAAAAUAAUACAACACCUGUUAUCAGACAGGUUUCCAGAACACUCGCUCUGGUCUCUCAUUGUGAUAUCCAGGGCUCACGAUGCCUCCACCUGUCGGACCCCCAGCAGUGCCGCCUCCAGAUGGUGGGUGGGGCUGGGCUGUGGUGGGCGGGGCCUUCAUCUCCAUCGGGUUCUCUUACGCCUUCCCAAAGGCCACCACCGUGUUCUUCAAAGACAUCCAGAGGAUCUUCAACGCCUCGUACAGCGAGGUGGCCUGGAUCUCCUCCAUCAUGCUGGCCGUCAUGUAUGCAGGAGGUCCCAUCAGCAGUAUUCUGGUGAACACCUACGGUUGUCGUCCCAUCAUGAUUUUGGGAGGAUUUCUGUGCGCCAUCGGGAUGAUCAGCUCCUCGUUCUGCAACAGCGUCGUGCAGCUCUACAUCUGCAUCGGCGUCAUCGGAGGCUUCGGUCUGGCCUUCAACCUCCAGCCGGCGCUUACGAUGAUCGGGAAGUAUUUCUACAAGAAGCGUCCCAUCGCUAACGGCUUCGCCAUGGCUGGCAGUCCCGUGUUCCUCAGCACGCUAGCGCCGCUCAACCAGUAUCUGAUCAAUGAGUACGGAUGGAGGGGAAGCUUCCGGAUCCUCGGAGCGCUCCUGCUCAACUGCUGCGUGGCCGGAGCGCUCAUGAGGCCCCUGAAGGCCCCGCCGAACCCAGCUGGAGCGCUGGAGGCGAAACCGCCCAUGGUUAAAGGUCCCCUGACGGAGAAGACCACGGCCUGGCAGACGGUCAAUAAGUAUCUGGAUCUGUCGCUCUUCAAACACCGCGGGUUCCUCAUCUACCUGUCGGGAAACGUCAUCAUGUUCUUGGGCUUCUUCGCACCGAUUGUGUUCCUCUCAUCGUAUGCGAAAGACAACGGCGUGGACGAGUAUCAAGCGGCCUUCCUGCUGUCCAUCCUGGCUUUCGUGGACAUGUUCGCUCGGCCGUCUAUGGGCCUGCUGGCCAACUCACGCUGGGUCCGUCCGCGGAUCCAGUACUUCUUCAGCUUGGCCGUGCUGUAUAACGGCGUGUGUCACCUGCUGUGUCCGCUGGUGGAGAGCUACACCGGGAUGGUGGUGUACUCCGUCUUCUUCGGCUUCGCCUUCGGGAUGGUGAGCGCCGUCCUUUUCGAGACGCUGAUGGACCUGGUGGGAGCGCAGCGCUUCUCCAGCGCCGUGGGGCUCACCACCAUCGUGGAGUGCUGUCCGGUGCUCAUCGGGCCGCCGCUGGCAGGGAAGUUAGUGGACAUCACAAAGAACUACAAGUACAUGUACCUGUGCUGUGGGUUGGUGGUCGUCCUUUCCAGCAUCUGGCUCUUCAUCGGCAACUUCAUCAACUAUCGGCUGCUGGAGCGCGAGCGCAAGCAAGAGGAGACGCACAAACACAGCGAGGGCGAGGAGCAGACGGAGACCCAGGCAGACGCAGACGCUGAAGCCGCGCAGCAGCUCUGCGAGAACCAAGAUGGUGUGCUGCAGCGAGAAACCAACAUCUGAACACCUAUACAAACUCUGAAGACACUGCCAAAGCUGGAGAGGCUUCAUUAGACAGAUCACAGCAGGUCAACGCAGGGCUGGGGAAAUA